UAGCUAAUGGAGGAGUCACUUAAUGUUUCAUUAGCAAAUCUAUUAGGCUUUUGAGGCUUGAGGUUGGCCUUUUCUCCCACGUAGCUCCCGUAUGAACCAUCAUCAUCAUUACAAGUUCAAGGUUAAAAGAUAUAUAGUUUUGGAGAAUGGCAUCAGUGAUUGCCUUUAUUAGAAGAUGAAAAUCUUGUAUCAAAAAAAAAAUAUCUAAAAAAAAUCAAUAAAGAUAUUAUAUAAUUGUUGCUCAAAAAAAAAGAAGAUAUUAUAUAAUUAGAAGCUGAAACAUUCUUAAAAUGUGGCAAGUCUUCUGACAUGGUUCAUCAAUAUAUGGGAAAGAAUCGAUAUAAAUAUACUAAAAGCACUUGCAUACAUCUUAGGCAUGCAGCUGCAAAAAGUUGAUUUUAAAUUGAAAAAAUAACAGAGAGAAGAGAUAAAAGUAGGAUAGUAGUAUGUUGGGUAACCUUGGUUGUAUCUGUACGAACGAAAACAAAUUUGGAAAGUUUAUUUCUUUGACCAAACUAAGACAAGACACGACACAAAUCUCACCUACAUGCAUAAGAAAGUGAAACCAAAUAAGUCCCUAACUAAACUAACUUAUCUGGUUAAGCAAAAGAAAAAGGAAAGAGAUGGAAGUACAGUUUGAUUGUAACGUUAUCAACUGAUGAAAAGAGAUACACACACAAGUACUUUCUUUGACCGUAAUAUAUCAAGACUUAUGGGUCUCUUUUGAAAACUGUUUUGGUAUCAAACUGUUCUCUCUCUCUCUCUCUCUCUCUCAAUCUGUCUUCUCUCACUCACACGGUACUAGCAUCCUCCAACAAUGGCUGAAGACGAUACUCCUCCACGUUUCUUUAAAGUUUUCAUCUCCCAUCACAGCUCAGAUUUCAUGAUGAUUCCCAUUUCCUACAACGAUGAACUGCCAAGAACUUUACCCAAAACAGCCAUUCUCCAAGGAACUGGUGGGUGUUUUUGGAAAGUUGAGAUGAAGAGGAAGAGAGAUGAGGUGCAUUUUGGAAAAGGAUGGAACAAAUUUGUUACGGACAACUCUCUUACGGACGGAGACUUUCUGACCUUUGUUUAUAACGGAGCCAACGUUUUCGAGGUCAGCAUCUACGGCCUUGGUGGAUGUAAGGAGAUGAGAGCAGUCAUUGAAGUUGAAGAGGUCAAAGAAGACAGUGUUGUGUCUUUAAGCAGCACAGACUCAGACACUAGUUCCAAAUCCGAGGUGGCCAAUACAAUCAGCAAGAACAAAGGGAAGUCGCAAGUGGUAGAAGUUGAGGAUGAGUCUGAAGAGGCUGAGGCUGAGACAUGUUCUGAGUCCACUGUGGCUAAAACAACCACGGGAAGCCGAAACAAAGGAAAGAAGAAAGAGAAAGUUGUGGGGUCUUCUAAUGAAGACAGUGACAGUGAUUAUACUGAAGCGAAUGAUGACAGUGAAAGUGAUGAUACUGAAGCUUCUGAUCAGUUGAAUGCAUUUAGUGAGAGUUCUAAUAAUGUGGCACAGCCAAAAAAGAAGAGGGAGAGAGUAACGAUCAAGAAGAUCAAAGACCCAGAGAAAUAUUUGGUUGAUCCAAAGAAUGUGUUCUUUGAGACAAACGUGAAGAAUAGGCCAUAUGAGCUGUUGGUUAGUGCACAACUAGUGAAAGACUAUGACUUAAAGUUCAAGAAGUUGGUUUACUACACUGACUAUCACAAGGACGGGAAGCUACAAGCGAAGACAACAAAAUGGAAGGAUAAUCGCGUUUGUAUCAAAAAAUGGAACCGCAUAUGCAAGAGGAACAAGUUGAAGAAAGGAGAUGGCAUAUUGUGUGAGCUUAAGCGCAAAGAGGGUUUUGUUUACGCCGUUAGAAUCCAUAUCGUUUGUGAAAAGGAUUUGUAAACAGAGUGAGUAGUACUAGGAGGAGAACUUGCAGUUCGAUUACAUGAGCUUGUCUUUUAAUUUUAUGUUGUCUAUUAGUGCAGUUAUGAUGUUAUGUUUGAGUGUUGUAGCAGAAAUUUUUAUAUUUUUGUUUUUGUUUUUUGCUAGUAACGUAUGCAACUUUGAACUCGUAGACUAUUUUUUCCAUCGUUUUCAGUUUUUAUAAUAUUUCCUGAACUUCUAGAUAUAAUCUUGACUUAGUUUUGAGUUAUCCUAGAUUUUGACCUGCGCUUCGAAAAACACGGAUUUUUGAGUUAUAAACUAAGUUGGAUAUGAAUUAGUAUAUUAGUUUUGUUAGAUAUUAUAUGUUAUAAAAUUGUAUUAUAUCGAAUAAGAAAUUUUGUUUAAAAUUUUAUAAUUUAUGAAUUGAUUUAUUUGAGAUUUUGUGCGUACAAUUUUAUGUAAAUUUCUCUUAGGCAUAAUAGUUUUAACCGUUUUCGAUUUGUCAUUCAAAAUUAAUUAACUACCAAUCUUAUUAUAUAAAGCUUGGUUAUUCAAAGUUACUAAUUAACAUGACGAUGACACAUGACAAUUAAAAAUUUAAAAAGAUGACAUGUGUUAAAAUCUAUCAUAAUUAAUAAUAUAAAUAUAAUAAGAUAAUAACACAAAAAAAUUAUUUAAUGGUAAUUUUCCGUUUUUUAAAUACUAAACAAAAAUAAUAAUCGCAAAAGAUUAUUUGAUGGUUUUUAGUUGACAAUAAUUUCUCUCUUAAUUAUUUGUAGUCGAACUAGGCCUAAGUCGAACUUAAUUGUAUUGUUUUAAUUUCAUUGUACCAAUGACUAUCAUUAAAAAAGUAGUUGGGUAAAAUGUAUUGAGAAUCUGAGAUUAUUAAAUUUCCGAACUUUCUAAUUUUAAAAAGAAAAAAAAAAGUGUCAAAGAAAUUGAACUACAUCUGAUCCACUUGAUGCUAAUUAAUUUCUUACUUGUCCAGUAAGAAAUCAAAUAAUUAAAAAAUUUCACUCCUUCCCAUUUCACUAUAAAUACGACACCAUGCUCUCGUCUCCAACAUAACAAAAACACAAUCUUCAGUUCCAAAAAAAAAAACAGAGAGAAAAGAUACGAGCCAUAGCGAUCUUCGCUCUCGGGUUAUGUAUCCUCGACGUGGCCAGGGACACUCUCCAAGGACCUUGUCGUGCUUUCUUGGCCGACUUAGCCGCAGUAGACGCUAAAAGAACGCGAGCCGCAAACGCGUUUUACUCUUUCUUUAUGGCGGUUGGAAACGUUUUGGGAUACGCGGCUGGUUCUUAUACGAACCUACACAUAAUGUUCCCGUUCGCGAUGAUAAACGCUUGCGAUACCUAUUGUGCUAAUCUCAAAAGCUGCUUCCUCUUGUCUAUAAUACUCCUCCUCAUCGUCACCGUCACGUCUCUUUGGUACGUUAAAGACAAGCAAUGGUCUCCCCCGCCGGUGAACCCGGACGAGGAGAAGACUGUGAGUGAUGAUCCUUCCACUACAAGAAAACACAAGUUUAACGAGGAAAAUUAACGAGGAAAAAUAAUCCUCGUAAAAAUACGUCGAUUUUGCGAAGAAAUUACGUGGAAAAAUAAAAGCAUCGUUAUUUCCUCGUAACGUUACGACAAAAAAGUUUCGUCGUAAAGAUGAUGUAAAUUGACGUGGUUUUUACGAGGAAACACUAUUUCCUCGUAAAUACGACGUAAACUUUGUGAGUUCUUUAAAAUUAGUUUACGUGUACUUAACGAGGUAAUUUUGAAUCCACCAUCAAGUUAGCUUCCUUCCAUACCCUCGGAUGAGAGAUUCGGGUAUAAAUUGGUUAGCCGUGAUCAAAGUUACACCUCGAGGACGAAUCAUCAGUGGAGAAAAACCACCACUGAAAAAAGAACAGAUAAAUGAAGUCGAGAAACCUGAACAAGAAAUUGAUGACAUCCUUCUCAUUGAUCCGCAUAAUCACGAGUACGAAGAUCUUACCGACGAUGCCACAGACAAAGCUGUUGAAGACGAGUUUAAUGAAAAUGAUGAUGUUUCUAGUGAUGACGAGAAUGUUGAUGUAUCCGAUUGAUGUAUUUGAUUUUGUGUAGUUUGUUUUAUGAAUAAGAUAAUGUGGGAGUUUGUUUUAUGAAUAAGGUAAUGUGAGAGUUUGUUUUAAUUAUGAAUAAGGACUUAUGGUUUGGAAUGGAAAGAAUUGAUUGAGGUGAAAGAAUAGAUUGAGGUUCAAGGGUAGAUGGGUUUGGGGUUUGGAAUAUAUGAAGUAGAAGAUAAAGAAGAUGGGGUUUGAGGUUUGGGGUUUCAGAUUUUAGGGAUUUAAACGUAAUACUCGUUAAUUCCUUGUAAAAUAGCAUGGAACUUACGACGAAAUGUAAAAUAAAGAACGCGGGCCAUGCUAAUUCCACGUAA